AUGGUUGUUGAUGGAAAUCUCUACUUAGAGAUAGGGAAGACAUGUGUAAUGAAGGUUAAUGUCAGUCAAAGCUAUUUUCAUGAGAAUGACACAUUUGGUGUAGCAGUAACGGUAAAAGAUUACGGUACACACCCUUUAUCAAUUCAGACUACAACGCUGGUGCCUCAUAUUCCAUAUAAAAACACUAUUGGAAGGGUUGUGGUAUUGAUGUAUUUCAAAAUCACGGGAAGAACAGAUCCCCCUACCAUCAUUCCACCUACUCCAGGAAAUAACCAGGAAUACACUAUUUAUGUUGGAGGAGAUUUCCAUGUAGAUGUUUACGCCAAAGCAACAUUUGGAAGGAAGAUUGUGCGAUUUGAUUUCCUUCGACGAGAUGGGAAACCGGUCAAUCAUACAGGAAUUCAAAACGCAUCUCAUAUCAGUGACAAUGCUGUAUUUAUAUCAAUGCGCUGGUCUCCAACAAAAGUGGACAAAGGCCAUCAUAUCCUAUGUGCAAAUGCUGAAGAUAAUAUAAGGGUAAUGACUGUGGAUUUACACUGCUUUCGCAUUGUUGUCAAAGAAAAUAUCUUUCACCCAACAACGAAAGAAACAGAAAAGCCCUAUUUUGUGUCAUUCCCAGAGCCAACAGAUUUAAAAUGCAAAAAAGACACCUAUUGUCGAUUUCCUGUUUAUGCGACUACUACACAUGCUGGAGGCAUCACAAGUAUCAUUAGUACACCUGAGAGCAAGGAGAACGUUACCAUUCAAUACAGUAGAGAACUCAUCUACGGCACCAUUGAUGCUAAAGUGGCACAAGUAGAAUUUUUUGCCAGUCAGGCUGGCGCAAGGCAAAUUUGUUUAAGAGCAUUAGACAGACACGCUUAUUCAGACAGGUGUCUCUAUGUUACGGUAGAAUUACCAGAUCCCUGUGCAUCAGAACUUUGCCAAAAUUUUGGACGUUGUCAGUCAUUCAAUAGCAACACCAGAUAUAACUGUUCCUGUAGGAACGGAUUCAGUGGGAACCUUUGUGAAAAAAGAAAUAAGCCAUGUGACCCCAAUCCAUGUCUUUUCAACGGAACAUGUUAUGAAGUUCAAUUUCCUCCUUAUUUCUUUUGCAUAUGUGUUGACGAUAGAAAAGGCGAAUUUUGCGAUAUUGACCGAUGCCAGGCAAAUCCAUGCAAUGCUACUCAAGUUUGUCAGACAUCUGGGUCCGAUGUUUGUAUUCCAA